AUUCUUACCCCAGGCUUGUAAGAGAUCAGGGAGUUGUGUGUCGGUCUAUUCGGGGGGACAAAAAAAAAAACGAGAAAGAGAGAUCUAAGACACCGCCAUGGACAACGGACACAGCAAAGAAGUGGCGGAAUGUCUCGCCUACUUCGGAGUCAACGAGAACUCUGGGCUCUCUCCAGAACAGGUGAAGAAGAACAUGGAAAAAUACGGACCCAACGAGCUCCCCGCUGAAGAAGGAAAGACAAUCUGGGAACUGGUUGCCGAGCAGUUUGAAGACUUGCUAGUCAGAAUCCUGCUUCUCGCAGCCUGCAUCUCCUUUGUCCUGGCCUUGUUUGAGGAAGGUGAGGAGACCGUCACCGCCUUCGUGGAACCCUUCGUCAUCCUUCUGAUCCUCAUCGCCAAUGCAAUUGUCGGGGUGUGGCAGGAGAGGAAUGCGGAGAGCGCUAUCGAGGCUCUGAAGGAGUACGAGCCGGAGAUUGGGAAAGUUUACCGAACGGACAGGAAGAGCGUGCAGAGAAUCAAAGCCAGGGAGAUCGUACCAGGAGACAUCGUGGAGGUGUCAGUUGGUGAUAAGGUCCCUGCUGAUAUCAGACUCACCAAUAUCAUCUCCACCACGCUGCGAGUGGACCAGUCCAUCCUGACCGGGGAGUCUGUGUCUGUGAUCAAGCACACUGACCCCGUCCCCGACCCCCGCGCCGUCAACCAGGACAAGAAGAACAUGCUGUUCUCUGGCACCAACAUCGCGGCUGGCAAGGCGAUUGGCGUGGCCGUGUCCACGGGUGUGAACACGGAGAUCGGUAAGAUCCGUGACCAGAUGGCGGCGACGGAGCAGGAGAAGACCCCCCUGCAGCAGAAGCUGGACGAGUUCGGAGAGCAGCUGUCCAAGGUCAUCUCCCUGAUCUGCGUGGCCGUGUGGCUCAUCAACAUCGGACACUUCAACGACCCGGUCCACGGGGGCUCCUGGAUCCGCGGUGCCGUGUACUACUUCAAGAUCGCCGUGGCACUGGCCGUCGCUGCCAUCCCCGAGGGUCUCCCCGCUGUCAUCACCACCUGCCUGGCUCUGGGUACGAGGCGCAUGGCGAAGAAGAACGCCAUCGUGAGGAGCCUGCCCUCGGUCGAGACCCUGGGCUGCACCUCGGUCAUCUGCUCCGACAAGACAGGAACCCUGACCACCAACCAGAUGUCUGUGUGCAAGAUGUUCAUCAUCGAUAAAGUUGAAGGCGACAUCUGCAGCCUGAAUGAGUUCAACAUCUCCGGCUCCAAAUACACUCCCGAGGGAGACGUGACCAAGAAUGACAAGCAGGUGAAAUCUGGUCAGUACGAUGGCCUGGUUGAAUUGGCUACAAUCUGCGCUCUGUGCAAUGACUCCUCCCUGGAUUACAACGAGGCGAAGGGUAUCUAUGAGAAGGUCGGUGAGGCCACAGAGACGGCUCUGUCCUGCCUGGUUGAGAAGAUGAACGUUUUCAGCACUGACGUCCGCAGCCUGUCCAAGGUGGAGCGAGCCAACGCCUGCUGCUCCGUGAUCAAGCAGCUGAUGAAGAAAGAGUUCACUCUGGAGUUCUCUCGGGACAGGAAGUCCAUGUCUGUGUACUGCUCCCCAGCCAAGGCGUCCCGCGCAGCCGUGGGGAACAAGAUGUUCAUCAAGGGUGCCCCCGAGGGCGUGAUUGACCGCUGUGCCUACGUCCGCGUCGGGACCACCCGCGUCCCCCUGACCGACCCCGUAAAGGAGAAGAUCAUGACCGUUAUCAAGGAGUGGGGGACGGGAAGAGACACCCUGCGUUGCCUCGCCCUCGCCACCCGCGACUCGCCCCCCAAGAAGGAAGACAUGAACCUUGUGGACUCCACCAAGUUCGCCGAAUACGAGACUGACCUCACCUUCGUGGGCUGUGUUGGCAUGCUGGACCCUCCCCGCAAGGAAGUGACAGGAUCCAUCCAGCUGUGCCGCGCUGCCGGCAUCCGUGUCAUCAUGAUCACCGGCGAUAACAAGGGCACAGCGGUGGCUAUCUGUCGCCGUAUCGGGAUCUUUGGGGAGGAUGAAGAGGUAACGGGCCGCGCCUACACGGGCCGCGAAUUCGAUGACCUCCCCCCCGCGGAGCAGAGAGAGGCCGUAAAGAGAGCGUCCUGCUACGCCAGAGUGGAGCCGUCCCACAAAUCCAAGAUCGUAGAGUUCCUGCAGUCCUUCGACGAGAUCACCGCCAUGACGGGUGAUGGAGUGAACGAUGCCCCUGCUCUGAAGAAGGCUGAGAUCGGUAUUGCGAUGGGCUCCGGCACAGCCGUGGCAAAGUCAGCCUCCGAGAUGGUGCUGGCCGAUGAUAACUUCUCCUCCAUCGUGGCUGCCGUGGAGGAAGGCAGAGCCAUCUACAACAACAUGAAGCAAUUCAUCAGAUACCUCAUCUCAUCCAACGUGGGGGAGGUGGUGUGUAUCUUCCUCACAGCUGCUCUCGGACUCCCCGAGGCUCUGAUCCCCGUUCAGCUGCUCUGGGUGAACCUCGUAACGGACGGCCUCCCCGCCACGGCCCUCGGGUUCAACCCCCCCGACCUGGACAUCAUGGGCAAGCCCCCCCGCAGCGCCAAGGAGCCCCUCAUCUCUGGCUGGCUGUUCUUCAGAUACCUGGCCAUUGGAGCCUAUGUCGGUGCUGCCACUGUUGGAGCCGCUGCCUGGUGGUUCAUGUACUCUGACGAUGGCCCCGAAGUCACCUACUACCAGCUGUCUCACUUCAUGCAGUGCACAGAGGAUAACCCUGAUUUCGAGGGUGUGGCGUGCAAGGUGUUUGAGUCUCCCGCUCCCAUGACGAUGGCUCUGUCUGUGCUGGUCACCAUCGAGAUGUGCAACGCCCUCAACAGCCUCUCUGAGAACCAGUCUCUGGUCAGGAUGCCUCCCUGGGUUAACUGCUGGCUGUUGGGCUCGAUCUGCCUCUCCAUGUCUCUGCACUUCCUCAUUCUCUACGUCGACCCCCUGCCCAUGAUUUUCAAGCUGACUGAUCUCUCAUUGACUCAGUGGAUUGUGGUUUUGAAGAUUUCCCUGCCAGUUAUUGGCUUAGAUGAGGUGCUCAAAUUCGUGGCUCGUAACUACCUGGAACCAUAAACCUCUCUCCAUGCCUUCUCCUCAUCCCUGUCUAAAAAACAGAGAAAGACGAGAAUUUAGCGAUGAAGAAAUGGCAAUAAAAAAAGACAAAAGCAGAAGAGAAAAAUAAAUCAACUUUAAAAAAACAGACGACAAACCUGAGAAAAAAAAGAAUAACUAAAAAAAAAAAAAAAAAAAAAUGGAGAGAGCGUCGAGAGACACUCACUCCAGCGGCGACAGCAGCUCGCCGGCGAAUAAUAUUUAAGAAUAAUAACGAUAGCAAUAACAGAAAUGGUUUUAUUAAAUAGUAAUGUUGGAGAAGUGACGACACCAGCAAUAAUAACUUAAACUAUAUGAAGUAUAUUACACGAUAAGGUGUAUCAAAAAUAAGUGAUGAAAUAAAAAAUAUAUAACAGAC